AUUUCUCGCAUCUCGAUCCCUCUCCGAAUAGCAAGCGCGAACGAACAGAAGUAAUAAAUACUGCAACACGGAUGGCAAAGAGCAAUGAAGUUCUUACGCCGUGCUCGAUAAUGUCGCGUUAUGUUUUUCUUGUUCAGAUAUGUGUCUGCGUGAUAUUCUUCGUCGCCGUCGCUACGGCUGACCAGGAGAAAUGCGAUAAAACGAAAUGUCCGGGACCAUUGAGGUAUUACGAGUCUCUCCGCUGCAAACCUGUGUACGAAAAAGAAGGUGAUUGUUGCGCGAAAAGAUAUAAUUGUGACCAUCUAAAGGAGAGAUCUAAGAACAAGUGUUACGUUAAUGGGAAAGAGUACGAGAUCGAUGAAGAUCUGAAGGCUGAAGAUGCGAAUCCAUGCGACAUCGAGUGUACUUGUAGACGUGGAUGGGAUGAUGGAGUUAGUCCUGCAUUUAUAUGUGCUGGCGUUGAUUGUGCCUUCGGACCAAUAAAACCUGGUUGUUAUAAACGAGCAAACCUGUCAAGAUGUUGCGACGAGGGAAAGGAAAUUUGUCCUGAGAAACCGGAAGACAGAGCCACUUGCGUUGUAGACGGAAAGACAUAUCAAGAUGGCGAGUAUUUCGAAGUGAAGAAUGAACCAGAGUUGAAUUGUAUCUGUCAACCGGGAUACGAAGGUAAAAACAUUGAGCCUUUCUGUGUCAAAUCCAAACGUCCAUUUUGCAGUCCUGAAUUCCGUAAUCCAAACGACGUUUAUCAAAAUUGCGCUCCAGUGUUUUAUAACGAUCAAUUGCCUCAGAUCGAUUGUCAUUUAAGCUCAAGAUGCCAGAAUUCUAAUGACACUGUAAUUCAUAAUCAUGAUGAUUUGAAAUCUGGCGAAGAUUUGGACGAUGAGAAUGUAUGUCUGUUCGGUAACAUGAAAAUGCAUAUUGGCGACGAGCUAAAUAGGGAUACGGAUUAUACUUCUAUUUGUGUUAAAUGUAUUUGCGAAGUGCCGCCUGUACCAACUUGUCAACAUUUGCCGAAUAAUGAAUGCGAUGUCACAAAGUAUUAUCCAGCUUUUUAAUCGUUAUGUCUAAAAUAUUCUAAUCAUUUUUGUUUUUUGCGAUUUAAGAUCUUUGUAAAACACUGUGUCAGCUUUUAAUAAUAAUAAAAACGAACAUCUUAUGAACAUA